GUCGCUGCUGUCUACCUGCAAAAGGUUUCAGCUUGUACCGUGUGGAAAGGGUGAAAGAGAUGAUGUUUUCUGAAAACACUCCUGCCGGUAUCUGAGCGCAUUAGGGUCUCCUAGGGCCAAAGGUGUAUUUUCAUUAUGGUACCUGUUUUAAAUAGAGCAAAACACUGCUAAAUUCCGAUGUGCUUUCCUUCGGUCCGUCUUAGGAGUAGCUGAAACGGACACAACUACUUUCGUCCCCGUCAGUACUGCCAUAGACCAGCAAGAGUGAUUCCAGUUUGGGAACGGUGAAUGCGUUUCAAGCAUAAAUAUUCCAAGAGGUGGAAGGAAGCUGAGCUGAGCCCAGGACCAGAUGAAGCGGCCCCUGAGACAGCCUUGUGAGGUGCCAAAGAGGGUGACCACGGAAGAGGGUGGUUCCAGUGAUCACAGCCACGGGAAGGCGAUGAGCUUUGCUGGGUAAAGCCGUCAUCCUCUGCCAGCCCAGUCCUAAGGCAGAGGACUCGAGGCUCCAGUGAGUGGCCACAGGAAGGAGCAGAAGACAGGACUGAAGACAGGAAACUGGACUUAGUUCUAGAAAGGAAUAAGCUCAAGCCACAGAAGGAACAGCUGCAGAUGGAUGAAACUUCCAUCCAAAAACAUUUAGAUCUCCUCAGUUUUCAUUACUCCCAAGAUGGCAAGAAGAGCAAAGGUCAAUUAAUGUUGGCUUUGUUUCCAUUCCCUUAGCCAUGGCUUGUUUCCAAAUUUCGCCGAGCCGUUCCUGGAUUUAUCCCACUACCGUCCUCUGCCUAUUUGGGUUUUUCUCCACGAUGAGACCCUCGGAACCCUUCCUUAUCCCGUAUUUAUCUGGACCAGAUAAAAACCUGACCAGCGCAGAGAUAACCAAUGAGAUCCUUCCCGUGUGGACAUACUCUUACCUGGUGCUGCUGUUCCCCGUGUUCAUCCUCACCGAUUUCGUCCGCUACAAGCCAGUCAUCGUCCUCCAGGGGAUCAGCUACAUCAUUACCUGGCUGCUGCUCCUGUUCGGCCAAGGAGUGCAAGUCAUGCAGGUCGUGGAGUUCUUCUACGGGAUGGUCACCGCCACCGAGGUGGCCUACUACGCCUACAUCUACAGCGUGGUCAGCCCAGAGCACUACCAGAGAGUGAGCGGCUACUGCAGGGCCGUCACGCUGGUGGCCUACACGGCGGGCUCAGUACUGGCCCAAGUCCUGGUGUCCCUGGUCAACUUAUCGUACUUCUACCUCAAUGUCAUAUCCUUGGCCUCUGUCUCUGUGGCUUUCCUGUCCUCACUUUUUCUGCCAAUGCCCAGGAAAAGCAUGUUUUUCCAUGCAAAAGCCAGCAAAGACGUCCAGAAGCCAUCAAGCACAAAUGCCGUGUCAGACGAGCCACGUGGGGACAAAGCACCCCGCUACAAUGAGGAGAAACCCACUCCGGAAAUAGCCGCCUCUUCGGGGAACUGGGAUGGUGGGCCGCUGGGCGGCCCAAAGCAGGAAAAUGUCGCUGCGAGAGUUUUUGUGCAGUGGUUCCAAGAUCUGAAGGAGUGCUACUCCUCCAACCGUCUUUUUUACUGGUCCCUGUGGUGGGCUCUUUCCACAGCAGGCUUUAACCAGGUUGUGAACUAUGUUCAAAUCCUGUGGGACUAUAAGGCACCGUCCCAAAAUUCUUCCGUCUAUAACGGGGCGGUAGAAGCUAUUGCGACCUUCGGAGGGGCUGUGGCUGCCUUCGCAGUGGGUUACGUGAAAGUCAACUGGGACCUUCUGGGAGAGCUGGCCUUGGCGGUCUUCUCCGUGGUCAAUGCCGGCUCCCUAUUUCUCAUGCACUACACGACCAGCAUCUGGGCAUGCUAUGCUGGCUACUUGAUAUUCAAGUCCAGCUACAUGCUUCUUAUCACCAUAGCAGUGUUUCAGAUUGCCGUCAACCUGAGUAUGGAACGGUAUGCCCUGGUGUUCGGAAUCAACACCUUCCUUGCCCUGGUGGUUCAGACCCUUGUGACUGUGAUCGUAGUAGACCCGAGAGGGCUCAACCUGCCAGUCAGCAUUCAGUUUUUGGUUUACGGGGGUUAUUUUGCCGUCAUUGCUGGGAUUUUCCUCGUUAGAAGCAUAUACAUUAUCUACUCAGUCAAAUGCCGAAGGGAAGCACAGAGCUCUCCCCUAAGUCACAGUGCACAAGGGCCACACCCAGAGGGACCCAGGGAUGCCCUCUAAUCCUAUGUUAAUGACUACAGCCUCUUGGCAAGAACCGUGCUGGUCACAAUGUCGCUGAGUGCCAUCAAUUGACACUCAUCACGAGCCUGGAUUCCGAUGAACCUUUUCAAAACCACAGCAAAAUCCCAGCUUCAGACCAGAUAUCUUUAUGCCCAGCCGAACUGGAUGCAGUCGACAGGACCCACGAAUCUCAAUUAAACAGCCCACGUUGGGACUCUGGUGAAUGGUGGUGACUGAAAAAUUCUGUUCCGAGCACUUGCGAGGGGACAGGACAAUGGCAUGGAAACAGACCACCGUCCUGGGGUUGAUGUUCCCCAUCGGUGUGCAGAAGUGCCAACAGCAUGGACCCUGCUUCCUGGCUUACACACGUGUUUCAUCCUACCAAAACAGGCAGCACGUGGAACAUUUUUUGUCACAUGAGUCAUUUUCCUUUUUCUUCCAUUAAGAGUAUUUCUGUAUAACAGUUCUCUAAGAGAAUUACAAAGUUUGGUCCCAUUUCUAAGGACUCCUCUCCGAUCUUGAUAACUUAGCAUUAUGAACAAGCUUUUAUGUGAUAAUAUCACAAUUGGAUUUUUUAAUGAUAAUUUUUUACUUUGAGCUUUGCUGAGCUUUAUUGUUGAAACUCUACCUCAACAAUAAUUCAGACACUCCUGUGUGUCCCCAGAAUGACAUUCAUCUCAAUUCCUAGUGGCCCAACGAGAGACAAUGUGCUUUCUUCCUGUUGGGACCCCAGAUAGGUAUCUUAUUGCUAUGUCAGUGUAAUGUCUGUCUAAAACAGAAAACUUGAACAGAAAUUCCAGGGGUCUCUACAAGUAUUCAUAAAUAAGAACACAGUGAUUGGGGGUGGGCACCUAAUUUUUAAGUGGUAGAGAUUGUACUAAAUAAAAUAAUGUGUACAGAAAUAUUAAAGAAUCUUUCUAAUUUUCUGAUGAGUUGUAUUGAAAAUUGUCCAAGCUUGUCUGCCCUUUGACACUUCAGCAGAGGAUACAUUGAGCAGUAUGCCACUGGGAAUAAAGACUGCUGAUUCAAGGUUUGUGUUUCAAAUAUACUUUUCUCCAAAUCCCCAAAUCCAAUCACUGGACUAAAAACCCAGCUCCAAAGUCAACACACACUCAGUGGAGAAAACUAAUGACAAUCCUACUUAUGUCAAAAGCAAGAAAGGGAUGACCACUAUUAUCCUUCUCACUUAACUUAUUGUACUGGAGAGAUUAGCCAACACAAUUAGACAAGCAAAAAAAAUGACAUUAAAAUUGAAAAGGAGGAAAACUAUUACUAUUCCAGAGGCUACAAGUAUAUACCCAAGAGACUCAACUAAAAACUGAGAUAGUGGAAUAGAAAGUAAGUAUAUAGAAAACAACAGCUUUUGUGAUAUAACAAUCAUUUAGUGAAAGACCCCAUGUAUGGCUAAAAUAAAUGUAAUCUAUUUAACGAUUUAAUAAAUGUGGAAGACAUAUAUGAAUAUGCCUGAAAAUAUUUAUAAAGAGUAUGAAAUAACACCCAGGCAUAUGGACAAAAAACUACCUUGUUCUUGGUUAGGAAAAUGUAUAUAUGAAGCCAUCAGGCUUCCUAAAUAAUUUAGACAUUAAAUCUAAUUCCAG